AAAUAUGUAUAAUAUAAAUAAAAUGCAAAAUAUUAUAUGAAACAUUAUAUUAAUGAGAAGGAAAGCAAGAUAAUUCUUUAAUUAAUAAAACAGAAGAGUAACAUAUCAAAAUUUAGAACUAUCGCAUUAUCCACAAUUAGCUGACAAGGAUAACGUUGAAGAAAAAAGCAAAAAAAAAAAAAAUUAAAAAAAAAAACAAAAUCACAUCCUUUGUUAUCAGGCAUCCAAAGAAAAGUCCAACCAGUAAAAAGUUCUAUAUGAUAAUAUGCUGGUAACCAAUUGAAAGAAAAUAGCAACAACAAUAACAAAAGCAUUGUAAUUAGCGUAGAUCUUUAACCAUUUCAACUAUAGGCAGUAAAAAUUUUACAAAAACAAAUUAAAUAAAAACAUUUAUGUAUUAUAUGAAAUCAAAAAGCAACCGCAUACUCAUCGCUAUCAUUAAUUAACAAGCUAACUAACUAACUAACUAACUAACAACAACAACUAUAGUAACAAAGACAUUAAUAAAAAUUGAAAAAGAUUAUAGUUCGCCAAAGGGGAAGAGACAUCAGCAAACGUCAACAAUAACGUUAACAACAAAAAAGCAACAGCAGCGUCAGCAGUAGCAGCAGCAACGAUAAUAAUAAUAACAACAACAAUAAUAACAAUCAUUACACGACAACAAACCAUACAAAACAUAUUAUAAUUAGAGAACAAUUACAGCGUUUUAAUUGAGAAGCGCCAAUCAUCAACUGCAAUCCAAAAUAUAAAAACACGACAAACAUUCGCAGCCAAAACAUGGGCACCGGUCAUUACUUUUGGGCUUUAUUCUAUUUUGCCAGUUUAUGCAGUGCGUCUCUAGCUAAUAAUGCCAAAAUAAAUUUCCGAGAAAAGGAGAAAAAAGUCUUAGAUCAAAUUUUAGGUGCAGGCAAAUACGAUGCCCGUAUUCGACCAUCCGGCAUCAAUGGAACGGAUGGUCCCGCUAUAGUCAGAAUCAAUCUUUUUGUACGCAGUAUCAUGACGAUUAGUGACAUUAAAAUGGAGUAUAGUGUACAGUUAACUUUCCGUGAACAAUGGACAGAUGAACGUUUAAAAUUCGAUGAUAUACAGGGUCGUCUCAAAUAUUUGACACUGACUGAAGCGAAUCGUGUUUGGAUGCCGGAUCUGUUCUUUUCGAAUGAGAAAGAGGGUCACUUUCAUAACAUCAUUAUGCCUAAUGUUUAUAUACGCAUUUUUCCCAAUGGCUCGGUUCUUUAUAGUAUUCGUAUAUCAUUAACAUUGGCUUGUCCCAUGAAUUUGAAAUUAUAUCCUUUGGAUCGUCAGAUUUGUUCAUUACGUAUGGCCAGUUACGGUUGGACAACAAACGAUUUGGUCUUCCUUUGGAAAGAAGGUGAUCCAGUGCAAGUGGUUAAAAAUUUACACCUACCUCGCUUCACAUUGGAAAAAUUCUUGACUGAUUAUUGCAACAGUAAAACUAAUACGGGUGAAUACAGUUGCCUCAAAGUCGAUCUACUGUUCAAGCGAGAAUUCUCAUAUUACUUAAUCCAAAUUUAUAUUCCAUGCUGUAUGUUGGUCAUUGUCUCAUGGGUGUCAUUCUGGCUUGAUCAAGGUGCUGUACCAGCUCGCGUUUCACUGGGUGUCACCACACUCCUAACAAUGGCCACCCAAACAUCCGGCAUAAAUGCUUCACUGCCGCCCGUAUCAUACACAAAGGCGAUUGACGUUUGGACCGGCGUAUGCCUGACGUUCGUGUUUGGUGCAUUGCUUGAGUUUGCCCUCGUCAACUAUGCGUCCCGCUCAGGUUUGAAUAAACCUAAUCGGGCCGCAGACAUGCAUAAGGAAAAUUUGAAAAAGAAACGGCGAGAUUUGGAGCAGGCCAGCCUAGAUGCUGCUUCAGAUCUAUUGGAUACCGAUAGCAAUGCCACAUUCGCAAUGAAACCUUUGGUACGUCAUCCUGGUGAUCCUAUGGCCAUGGAAAAAUUGCGUCAAUGUGAGGUGCAUAUGCAGCCGCCAAAACGUCCAAAUUGCUGCAAGACUUGGCUAUCAAAGUUCCCAACCAGUUGGCUCGAUAUACAAUGUUCUAGAUCGAAGAGAAUCGACGUUAUCUCACGGAUAACAUUUCCUCUGGUCUUCGCUCUCUUCAAUUUGGUAUACUGGAGCACUUACCUCUUCAGAGAAGAGGAGGAUGAGUAAACGGCACACGAGCGUCAACAAAUACAACAAGAAACAAAACAAAAAAGAAAAAAAAAAAAAGAAAAGAAAGCAUUCAGC